GUCACGUGACAUCAAGUGCGAUUUGUUUUUGUGUGUACAUGAUACAAAAUAUCUCUCCAAACUAAUGUGAAAUUCUAUUAUUCCCAUUGCAAUUCUCUGAUCUCCGAUUUAAAUCAUUUAAAAAAUGAAUGACACAAAAGACGGCGGUCGAAAAUUGCGGGUGAAAGAGCGCAAAACAUACACCGAUCAGGAAAUUGACGAUGAUGAAAUUGAAGGCAAGAGGUCGUACAAGAUUGAAGACAAAGUCAGCGAUGACCGACACAAUAAAGAAUAUGUUCAAUAUCUAAGAGGAGAAGAGUUCAACUUGCGUUACAUGCAAGAAAAUGGCUUGAAGUUCCCAAUCUUGUUCGAAGAAAAAGCUGGACUCGGCUUAAGGGUUCCAAGUCUGAACUUUAAAGUCAGUGAUGUAAAAGCAUGUGUGGGUUCCCGUCGUAUGUUGGAUGUGAUGGACGUAAACACACAGAAGGGUCUCGAGAUGACAAUGAAGGAUUGGGUCAAGUACUACGAGAGCCUCGACAGAGACCGUCUGCUUAACGUCAUCAGUCUUGAGUUCAGCCACACAAAACUCGAGAACUAUGUCGAGUCACCAAACCUGGUACGUGAGGUGGACUGGGUUGACACAGCCUGGCCCCAACACCUCAAGGACUGCCAGACAGAGUCCACCAACGCCAUCGACAAGAUGAAGUACCCCAAGGUCCAGAAGUACUGCCUCAUGAGUGUGGGAGGCUGCUACACGGACUUCCACAUUGAUUUUGGGGGCACAUCAGUCUGGUACCAUAUCCUACAUGGAGAAAAGAUAUUUUGGUUGAUUCCACCAACUGAUCGGAAUCUGACAAAGUAUGAGAACUGGGUGUUGUCAGGGAAACAGGGGGACAUGUUCCUAGCAGACGAGAUAGACGAGUGCCAGAAAGUGCAUCUACGGGCCGGCAACACCUUCAUCAUUCCUUCAGGCUGGAUUCAUGCAGUAUACACUCCCAUGGACUCACUGGUGUUCGGUGGUAACUUCCUGCAUAGCUAUAACAUGGUCAACCAAGUGAGAGCCAGCCUUAUAGAAGACAAGACCCAUGUGCCCAUGAAGUUUCGAUACCCGUUCUUUGCGGAGAUCCACUGGUAUGUGCUGGAGAGAUACGUCCAUUCUCUGACAGGCAUCACAUACCUGGAAAAACCAAAACUGAAUGAGGAAAUGGAACUUAUAUGCAACAAGUCUGAGAAAGAAACAAGUCUUGAAGACAUAGAGGAGAAGUUGAACAAGCGCCUGUCCGUCUCGCUGACACGGAUUGAUGAAAGUUCUCCAGGCCGGCGUAAAUCAUCCAGCGAUGAAGACAGCAUGGCGUCUGGGCCUACUAGAUCACCGGAUCAAACUGGCAAACGCCCAUAUAGUCGUCAUUCAUCGUCUGAAAGCUCAAACUCGAAUGAUGCAAAGUUCUCAGAAGAGAAAAUAAAGGGCCCCUACAAGAGUCCAGUGAAGAUGUCUAAGAAGCACGUACACCUGACCAAGUUUGAGCUAGAAGGUCUCACAGAGGCCGUGGCCUGGGUAGAGAGUAUGCCACCAACCAAGAAGGGUGUGCCCAAGGACCUCAUGGAUCCACAUACUGUACUGUCCGAAAUCAAGCGGCUGAUCCAGGAGCAUUGUAAGGACAACCCAGAGUUGGCGGUCACUGGAGAACCAGUGCUGGAGUGGACCAAGGCAACUAAGAAACUUAUCAAGCUGAAACAAAAAGCCAAAACAGCCAAGCUCCUUGGAUCGAUGGGUGGUAGCCAGAAGGCUAAGGGAGCAGGAAAGGUGGCUUCCGGUAGCAGACGACGGAGGGUUCGCUGCAAGCAGUGUGAGCCAUGUACACGGGAUGACUGCAUGGAGUGUAACUUCUGUAAAGACAUGAGAAAGUAUGGUGGCCCAGGCACAGCCAAACAGUCUUGUAUCAGUCGCCAGUGUCUAAGGCCUGUGUUGCCAAAGAGUGCAGUGUGCCAGCUGUGCAACCAGGUGGUGUGUAGACUGGAGAGGCCCAUGAAGGCGGACGGCUCUGUCAGUGACGAGGAGGACUAUCUGUCAGCCAUGAUGGAGUGUGGCCUCUGCUGGGAGAUAGUUCACCCUCUGUGUCUGAGCAGGAAGUUUGAAAACUUGAAUAACGACGGAAUUAUCAAUGAGGACCUGCCCAACAGCUGGAAAUGUGCCAAGUGCUGCUAUAAUGGCAAGGAGGGACAACUCAAGACACGUGUGUUCAAAGGUGGUUGGCGACCCAACCCAACGUGCACCCCACCACCCCUCUCUGAGUCCCCACCCCCCCUGUCAGACGACAGCCAGCUUAGCCCAGUCAAUGCUGACCUCAUUGAUGACAUAAUCACAGAGGGCAAAAGGGUCACUGUCAACCAGGCCAUUGAGAUGGAUGAAAAGGAGAAGAUGAUGAAGGUAAAAGAGGGAGAGGAGCAGAUGGAGAAUACAGUCCCAGAAAUAAGGGACUUGAAGCCUGAGUUGCCAGUGAAGUCAGAGCCUGCAGACAGCCGUGUGAAGAUGCCAGUGAAGUCAGAGCCUGCCGACAGCCGUGUGAAGAGGAAACAUUCCCCAGACCCCCACAGCAAGGCCAAGAAGAAACGUGACAACUCGCCUGCGCAAACCAAGGCAAACAAAACUCCGCGCCAGUCCUCAAAAUCUUCAAUGUCUGCCAAACCCCUUGCCUCAAAUUCCAUGAAGGAGUCCUCUGGCUCUUUAAAGCGCUCCAAGCGCGAGGUGGCCACUGUUCCAUUUUCCUAUGAUUUUGACGAUGACGACAAACAAAUGAUGGACAUUUCUUCACCUUUACCAGAGAAAACCAAGGGAAAAUUCAAAGGGAAGAAAUCCCUCUAUGUUAAAGAUGCUAAUCGCACGGUCUAUGGAACACCUCUAGCAAAAGUAAACAAAUCUGGAGACUCUUUUUCCAGCAGUAUGCGUAAAAAUGCUGAAAAAGUUGACCAAGAGCAGUUAAGACAAACUUUGCUUGAGCAUAUUGAAAAAAGAAAUUUACCGAAGGUUCUGCCAAGGUUUGCCGCACGCCCUGCACCCGUUACACCACCAGACGAAUAUUUCUGUCAGGCCUCUGGUUCAAGGCAUCCCCUGCCUUGUAAGUUAUGGACCUAUAUCUUUUCAUACUUACAGCAAAGAGAUCUUUCAAACUGCCUUUUGGUCUGUCGAACAUGGAACUGCUGGUGUAUAAGUCCAGAACUUUGGCAAAAGAUCGAUCUCAGUCGCAGAAGAAUUGUGCAGGCUCAUCUGAUUGCGUUAGUCCGCAGGCAACCUGUGGGUCUGAACCUAAACGCUGUGACAAUGACCCAGAAACAGAUCUGGUGGUUACUGGAGAGACUGCCCCACUUGAGAACCCUGCUGCUGUCCAAAUGCAGUUGGGUGACCCUGAGUGGACUGUGCAUGUCCUCCUGCCCAUUACUUCACACUUUGGACAUCAGCUGGGCAACAGGCCUCAAUGAUAAAUGCUUUGAAGAUUUGAUUACGCCCCCUGUCGACAGGAAACCAGCAGUAUUGAACAUCAGUCGUCUUCACAAGUUAAAGUCAUUGAAUGUUUCUGGGUCUGAAAUCUCUGACGCUUCACUGAGUUUGUUGACCAACCAUGUUGUGAAUUUGGAACAUUUGAACAUCAGCUACUGCACCAAGAUCACAGAUAGAGGUAUUGAAGCUCUCGUUGGCAAUGACUCUUCUUAUCGAAACACAUUAACAAAUCUUAACAUUUCUGGUUGUCGCCAAUUGUCAGAUGCUGCUAUUGAUGCGAUUGGCGGUCUCACAAACUUGCAGGUUCUCUCUACAUUACACUGCAUCAGGAUUUCUCAUGAGAAGUGUUCCAGAUUUAAUCAUAUUCGGUAUUUGAAGGAAUUUAACUUUUGAGACAAUUGAAAAAGUGAAAAGCCUUUGUAGAUAAAAUGUUCCGUGAAGCUGUUUUCUAGUUAAGUUCCUUCUUAAAUAUUUUUUCUGAAAUGUUAUUGACUGUGUCAUGUGAAGUGACAAUAACCUUACUCGUUUUUUGCUCAACAGUUUUUAGUUCAGAUUAGCAAAUUUGCACAAUAAAUGGGUUCUUGAACCUGAAAUAAUUAUAGAUGUCGGCAUGUUUUAGUACUGUUAUGUAUUUCCAUAUUCAUAUUAUAUAUUGUUAUCUGGUUUAAUUCAUGAAGAACGAUAAUGAUUGUUUAAUUUUGUUUAAUAUCUUGCACAUGUUUGUUCUGAACAAUCAACUAUUCUGGUGUAAA